GCCUGUCAAGCUUCGGUUUAUUUCCAUUCGAUUCUAAUUAUAAAAGCUGUUCUAGUAUAUAAGUAAUAUAUUCAAAUUUGAACAACUUUUUAUUUUCAUUAUAAUAAAUAUGUGGAAAUAUUAUACAAAAAUUAUUCAACGACAAAGUCCAGGCGGUCAGCUGUGUUUUGUUAGGGAUUUAUCAGUGUGUGAAAAACUCAAUCAGCAGACCCAGUUGGAAUUUGUGGGGACUGCUCGCAUCGAUGAGAAAUGGCAACAGGCCAGGCCCUAUGGAGAUAUGCCAGGUCCCAGCUCCCUGCGAAUGCUAUCAUAUUUUCUUCCAGGAGGCGCCCUUCGCAACACAAACUUGAUUCAGAUGAACCGCCGCAUGAGAGAGAUGUAUGGGGAUAUAUACUGUAUACCUGGAAUGAUGGGCAAACCGAACGUAGUCUUCACCUACAAUCCGGAGGACUUUGAGGUGACCUAUCGCAAUGAGGGUGUUUGGCCCAUACGUAUAGGAUUGGAGAGCUUUGAUUACUAUCGCAAGGUUCAUCGACCUGAUGUCUUUAAAGGAGUUGGUGGCCUGGUAUCUGACCAAGGCCAGGCCUGGGGUGAUUUUCGUAGCAAGGUAAAUCCGGUUUUAAUGAAGGUCCAGAAUGUACGGCAAAAUCUUCAGCAACUGGACCAGAUAUCAAAGGAGUUUAUAGACAAAUUGGAAACUCAAAGGGAUCCAAAGACCCACACCCUGCGUGCAGACUUUCAUAAUGAGCUCAAGAUGUGGGCCUUUGAAUCCAUUAGCUUUGUGGCAUUAAAUACGCGAAUGGGAUUACUAACUGAUCAGCCAGAUCCGAAUGCUGAUCGGCUGGCCAAGCACAUGGGUGACUUCUUCAACUACAGCUUCAAGUACGAUGUACAGCCCUCAAUUUGGCCAUUUUACAAAACCCCUGGUUUUAAGAAGUUCCUCAAAACAUACGACGACAUUACCGAGAUUACGACCAAUUAUAUAGAGACAGCCACGAAACGCUUUGAGAGCAAUGAAGAUCGUAAGACCAAGUGCGUUUUGGAGCAGCUGUUGGCACUGAACAAACAGGUGGCUGUGGCAAUGGUUAUGGACAUGCUAAUGGCUGGAAUCGAUACGACAUCUUCUGCUUUUCUAACGAUACUGUAUCACCUGGCACGCAAUCCCGCAAAGCAAGAGAAACUGCGAGGGGAACUACUUCGUAUUUUGCCUGAAUCCAAGGGCUUCUUGACGGAUGAAAGUACGAAAAACAUGCCUUAUUUGCGAGCCUGCAUAAAGGAGGGCCUGCGCAUCACCUCUAUAACACCCGGAAACUUUCGCAUUACCACUAAGGACCUUGUGCUGUCGGGAUAUCAGGUGCCCCGUGGCACUGGUGUUCUGAUGGGCGUCCUGGAGCUAUCCAACAGCGAUGAGUACUUUGCCCAGAGUGCUGAUUUCAUGCCAGAACGUUGGCUUAAGUCCGACUUAGCACCUGACAUUCGGGCGUGUCCAGAGGCUCGAUCGCGUAAUCCCUUCGUAUACCUACCUUUUGGUUUUGGACCACGCACCUGUAUUGGCAAGAGGAUCGCGGAAUUGGAGAUCGAGACGCUACUAGUGCGACUUUUGCGGAACUACAAGGUUAGCUGGCUGCCCGAAACUCCGCUGCAAUAUGAGAGUACAAUCAUCCUGGCCCCCUGCGGUGAUAUUCGCUUCAAACUGGAGCCAGUCGGUGUUUCAAUGUGAUAUCUUUCCUAGCCUCAAGUACAGACUUCCGGUUAAGUUCAGAGA